GAGACUAUUGACCUGCAAAGCGAGCUGAACGAUCAGAAACUCUGUUUUGUAAAUCAUUUGUUUUAAUUUGCCUUCUUUCGUGGCUAAUUGUUAUAUUUAACCAUGAGUACUGUUAGAACAUAUAACCCAUCGGUCCGCGUGGGCAACUGGAAUGAGGAUAUCUGCCUGGAAGAGGAUACAAUGAAGGAUUUCAUGGAGAAACGAGAAAGAGGUCAACUUUUAAUCCAGAAAGCAUCACAAAUGUCAUCUAAUAUUCUGAAAAAGGCUGAAUUAUCAAUUACUCGUGAUGGCUUUGUACAUUUUGGUGAUGUUGUUAUGCUUAUGAAUGCUGGUUCUAAGGAUGUGACCGGGGCAGAAUUACGUGGAGCUACUACAAUGGCUGUUAACAUGAGUGAAAGUCAAAUGCAUGAAGCUGAAAGAUUGGAAGGACCAUGUGCUGUAUCUGCUACUAAAAGACUAGAACCUACUGCCAGGAACACAUUUGUUAUAAUGCCAGUUGAUGAUUCUCCUCCUGGUGCACCACUGACACAUGGACAGCAUUUCAUGAUCUGUACUGGACCAGGACAAGGUGGCAAUUUAAAACUUCACAGCGACAUUGCAACCUUCACAAAAUGUUCCAAAAAAUCACGACAACAAGAGGUGUGUUUACAAGAGCAGACAUGUUAUUUAUCUGAAUGGAAAGUAUUAUCAUUUAAUCCUUUAAUUAGAAUGGAAACUGAAGGCUUACCAGUCCCUGCUAACCAGAAACUUGUGAUUGUUCACUGCAAGACCAACCAAGCCUUAAAUGUUGUUGGUGAUUAUGUACUCAAGACACCCUUUGGUAGUGAAUAUGAGAUUACUGCCAACACUGUUCUUGAUUCACACCGAGCUGAAAAGGACAGCAAUCAUUGGAUAUUUUCAUCAGGAACAGCACAGGACCCAACCAUGCCAGAACAAAUACUGCCUGUUGGGGCACGACAAUAGAUUGAAGGCUUGGUUGUGUACCAAUGGAAGAGAUGACAUGUCAGAUACAUAGUAAUGCAUUAAUAUAUUAAAAAUACAUAUAGCCUGCUAAAAGCUUUCAUGGAAAUAGCAAAAUCAAUGGUGAAAAUGAGUGUCAGAAGCCGAUGUAUUACAACCAUAACAGGCAACAUCAUUGUUUUUGUUAGUAAUAGUAAAAGUACAGGUAGUUUAUGCAUAUAUAUAUUAUGUUUUUGAAGUGCAUUACUUUUUUUUUAAAUAACCAUUGCAGCAUAUAUUAACACUUUUAACAAUGAAUACCAGCAAUGUAUUUAUAUCUUUUAACUGUACAUAGGAUUACUAAC